CGCGACGUGCCGGGCUCCUGAAAGGCAGCCUGAACUCCAAAAGUGAGCUAGUGUACCAGACACAGCACUGCGAGAGACUGACUGAGCUGUGAGCGCACACACGGCAAGGCGAGGGAGGAGAGGAGAGAGAGAGCGCGGGGAGCGAAGAGAAGGACGGGCGGGCAGUGCUGAAAAGGAGAGCACAAAGACUAGGAAAGUGGAGCAGGGGAGGGAACCGGAGGCUGGGAGACGGGAGAGGGGAAGACAAAAGAAGGAGUGAACCGGAGGGGACCGAGCAAAUGGCUACGGAGGACACGGCGGGGGGAGCCAGGAAAGCCACCAAGAGCAAACUGUUUGAGUUCUUGGUCCAUGGAGUGCGUCCUGGCAUGCCGUCUGGAGCAAGGAUGCCCCACCAGGGAGCACCCAUGGGCCCCCCCGGCCCCCCGUACGGUGGCAGCCCGACAGUGCGGCCCGGCCUGCCCUCCCCUGUGAUGGAGCCCAGCCGAAAGAGGCCUGCCCCCUCCCAACAGGUCCAACAACAGCAGCAGACACAGCAGCAACAGCAGCAGGCUGUGCAGAACCGAGCCAGAAAGAAGCCGGUCGGAUUCCCAGGAGCCAAUGAGAUGCCGGCGAGGCAGAUGGACAUGAGAGAGCCCCAAUCAGAUCCCACGCUCGGAUCAAAUGCUAAGAGAAGGAAAAUGGCAGACAAGAUUCUUCCGCAAAGGAUCCGUGAGCUGGUCCCUGAGUCGCAGGCGUACAUGGACCUUCUGGCCUUUGAGCGUAAACUGGACCAGACCAUCAUGCGCAAACGCGUGGACAUCCAGGAGGCCCUCAAGAGGCCCAUGAAGCAAAAGCGCAAACUAAGGCUGUACAUAUCAAACACCUUCAACCCCGCCAGGCCUGACGCCGAUGACUCUGAUGGAAGCAUUGCAUCAUGGGAACUGCGAGUGGAAGGGAAACUGCUUGAUGAUCCUGGGAAGCAAAAGAAGAAGUUUUCCUCCUUCUUCAAGAGCCUGGUCAUCGAGCUGGACAAAGACUUGUAUGGUCCUGACAACCAUCUCGUGGAGUGGCACCGCACGCCCACCACCCAGGAGACGGACGGCUUCCAGGUGAAACGGCCCGGAGACGUGAGCGUACGCUGCACUCUGCUACUCAUGCUUGACUACCAGCCCCCACAGUUUAAACUGGACCCCCGCCUGGCCCGCCUGCUUGGGAUCCACACACAGACACGCUCCUGUAUCAUCCAGGCCCUCUGGCAAUACGUCAAGACCAACAAGCUGCAAGACUCCCAUGACAAGGAGUACAUCAACUGUGACAAGUACUUCCAACAGAUUUUUGAUUGUCCCCGACUGAAAUUCUCUGAAAUCCCCCAACGUCUAACCAACCUCUUGUUACCUCCAGACCCUAUUGUUAUCAACCAUGUUAUCAGAGAGCAACAGACACCUAAUCCAAAAUGGAUAGUGACAGAUGUGGACCCCAAUGAUCAGAAGAAGACGGCAUGUUAUGACAUUGAUGUGGAAGUGGAGGACCCUCUGAAGAGUCAGAUGAGCAGCUUCCUCCUGUCCACUGCCAACCAGCAGGAGAUCGCCUCCCUCGACAACAAGAUUCAUGAGACCAUCGAGUCCAUCAACCAGCUGAAGAUCCAGAGGGACUUCAUGCUUAGUUUCUCCAGAGAUCCCAAGGGCUACAUCCAAGACUGGCUCAAAUCCCAAAGCAGGGACCUUAAGUUGAUGACAGAUGUGGUGGGGAACCCAGAGGAGGAGCGCAGGGCGGCGUUCUACCACGAACCCUGGUCCCAAGAGGCCGUCAGCCGCUAUUUCUACUGCAAGAUCCAGCAGAGGAGGCAGGAGCUGGAACAGGCCUUGGCGGUCCGCAACACCUAAGAAAUGGUUUGGCUUUAGUCGACACCAAUGAGGAGUCAUCACCGAACAUCAACACAUGGGAGACGUUAAAUGCAGGCCUCUUGGAACACCACUACUAUUCGCAUGUAACCAACUGCGGGGUUCAACAUCUGACCUUAAAAACUUCCUCUUAAAGCUCCUGUAAAUACAACACAACUCCUGAAUCAUCUCAAACAUGUAGUCACCUCUACCGUUUUUGUAUUGUAUUGACACGUUUUUUUAAUCAAAGUAGGUGCGAAGACAAGUGUGACUGGGUGCGUAUUUCGCCUCAUUAAUUAAGGGAAUUUGUUGAGUUUUGAAAUAAUUAUUUACACCAGCAGUGUUGAGAUUACAGUCUGGCACAUCAGAUCACGGGACACUGAAGUAGAGCUAUGUAUAAAUUGGAGGUGUGGAUCUUUCUACAGCGUCUCUGCUUGGAGUGAAUCAGUGGCUGUUUACACGCACACCAAAAAUCUGAUCAUUGUCGGAUUUCUCGAGUUAUCAGUUGGGAUGCAUCAAUACUGAAAGAUUUGCUGGAUCACAUAUUGGCUUUCCAAAUAUCGGUAAAUUCUGGUUGGAUGUAUAAAUUUAUUGAAAUUGAAAUAGACAGAUUAUUUACUGGUCAUAAUCAGUCUAGAAAGUCUCACAAUGUUUGAAUUUUUAUUUACACAAAAUUGUUCUGUGGUUAUGUGAGAGAUUAAUAACAGCUAUCUAACACAUUUUGGCACACACAUACACACUUGUCUGAUUUUAUUUUUGUUUAAAGGAAAUGCUCUUUUUAGUCUCUGCGCUGGUAUCGGUUGAUAUCGGGUGUCAGCAGAUGCAUAAAGCAAUAGUUUUGGAAUCAGUAUCGGAAAUGAAAAAGCUGGAUAGGUGCAUCCUUAGUUAUCAGAUUCCUGAAACCUCAUGUAGUUACAGUAAUGUGAGUAAUCUGAUUUCUUUCUGUUGACACGUGCAGGUUUUAACAAAGAAAAUUAUAAAAGCCAAACUAAUGUGGCAAAGACAUAAACGAAAGAAAAAUGCUUAAGACUGAGAGAUAUUUUGAAAUUCAUUGUACUUUGUCUUCCAAAUGCUACAGUAAAAAUAAAUUGAUUAACAGGUUAACAGGACACAACAGGUUUACGAUGAUUGGACUUCUUUUGUGCUUGUAAACAAAUAUCAGAGGGCAGGGUAUAUCUGAUUAUUCUAGUUAUCUGAUUUGUACUGGCCAUGUAAAUGUACUCAGUGAUCGGGUACCUCACUUAAAAAAAUUCACCAUGCCAGUAUUAAGUUGUGCUCAUAUGUGUUGUCACAAAUUAGUAACUAGUUUCUUUGAAGGAAUAGCGUUUCUUCCUGAAUCAUUGAAAGUUAUGGACAUGAAGCUGUGUUUUGUCCAAAUCACUCACUGCCUCUUCCUUGUGUAGUAUUUAAAUGUGCCGACAGUGUUACCAAAGGUUGCAACGAAGAAGAGAAUGCAGCGAUAAUGGCCACUGUAGGUUUGGGUUCAGUAGAAAUUGCCUUUUAAAUCUUCCAUUUGUGUGUAGCAUAUUGAUUAGUAAACCCAAAUAAGUCCCAAAUUACACCUCAGUCAAUCAACUACAGGCAAUUUUUAGUGUACUCUCAUCUGCAUCUGUCCAUUUUUACUGCUUUUUUGUUACUUUUUUCUAGAGAUGUGAAUGUAAAUAGUUUUUUUCCCUUUAAGAGGGUCAGCUGUACAAUAUAUGACAGACUAUCUUUGUGUUUUGUUGGAUUCGGGGGCCUAGGUCAUAUGCUGUUGUAUAGGGAACAUCUCUGCUUUUUGAAUAGGUUGCGUUCACAUCAGACAAAGAGCUUGGGCUUGUGUAACUCUAGGGGAGAUUCACUGUUUUUGAAAUAUCAACAAUUUUGAACCAUAAAUGUUGAAUAUUAUUAGUUGGGAAUUGGCUUCACAAACUUGACAUAUAAGACUCAUGUCUUAUGGUCCUUUCAACUGACAGCUAUCAUGUUUUUGCAGUUGAAUAAUGGCCCCACUUUCUAAAGCUAUUAUGAAAAUAUAAUAAUUUCACAUUAGUUUAUUUAUCCUGACAAAGAAGAUGCUCGACUUUUUUCAGUUUUUGCUUAUAUGUAAUUAAGCCCUAUAAUUACGGAUAUUGAUCAUAAACAGCAAAUUCCACCAUAGAUGUUUGACCUGUCCUCCAGCUUUUAAACUAUAGGGAUUCUAGAGUAUUGUGAUUUCAUGUGAACGCAACCUGUUGUCUGGAUGCGAGUGUCCCUGUGUGUACUAUCUAGGCUUGGAUCCUUUUUAAGUUCCUGCCUCCUGUCUGUCUAAAGCUCCAAGCUGUAACAAAAUAACACUCAUUUCAAUAGAGUAGCUGUACCACAUCGUCUGAUCACCUUUACACUUUUGUAUGACACUUGACUUGUAUGUAUAUGCUGUAUUGUCCCAUUGAGAUUUCAUUGUUUCUGCAGUCAGCUCUAGACGGGACCUCGCAGGGUUUCUUUGCACUGUGCUGUCGCUCUAUCUUCGGAGACUCUGAUUGGAUGAUUUCACGAAGACCUAUGCAUGCUCUUAAGACAUCUGAUACACCUGAUAACGCAGUAUAUGUAAAUAAUGAUAAGUCUGGCAUAGCAGCCGGUGUAUUAAGAUCCAUCGAAUGCCUUCUGGACAUUACUUUGCCAAAAAUGAAAACCCCUACCAGCACUAAGUGUAGGAGAGAUUUUGUGAACUGUUUUUGUAAACAACAGAUGUAGGGUCAGUUAUUAUUAUUAAUAGUAGUGUAUGUCUGAAGUCUUCAUUGUGCGUCCAGGGCAUUAAACUUCUCCACUAGCACCCCCUUGUGGACUAAACGAUGAACUGAUACAUCAGCAGACUACUGUUAGCAGCAGAGGUUCAAGUUACUAAAACUAUUACUGUUGACGUGUGUGCCACUUUUUUGCAUGUUUCAAACGACUCAGCCUUUCUGCUCUUUUACAUACAAGGGUUACCAACUUGAAGGCAAUACUAUGUGAAAUACUGUAUAUCAGCAAAAGUGAAAAUUAAUUUGUGAUUUCAAUGGUUUCACAACAACAAAAAGGGAAAAGAGCUGUGACACUGCAAGACAGCCUGGAUGUAAAUAAAGAAGCGCUUGCCAAAGUUUGUAAAUGCCAUGAGAUCUUCUGUGUGUUUUUUUCCACCUUUUAAGAUUUUCUAUAACACUUCAUCCAAACAAUGGUCAAUGAGGUAAAAAUAUAUUCUAUAGCUAUAUAUAUGUGUGUGUGUGUGUGUUUGUGUGUGUGAUUAAAGAAUAUUUUGUAUUUGAAUAUUUAAUAACUGAUUAUAUGGUGUAGUAUAUUCUCUAAUGGAAUAAUAGUGCUAAAAUUGCAUUUGUGAAUCAAAUCUCAAAUACA